AUGCUAUCUAAUUUGUAUAAUAUGCUUCUUUCUACUGUUAACCUAAUCCUUUUUGAUAUGGGAUACUGGGGUGAAAUAUCAAGUGUAAUAAUCACAGAAAAACUCCCUGAAACAAUCCCUACAAAGAUUUCUAAGCCUUAUUUAAUAAGACCAUUAAUCGACUCAUUCAUAAUGAGUAAAGGAUCUUUAUUCCAACUAUUAUUUAACUCUCAAGCAGAAGACUUAAAAAAAGCCUAUAUCUUAAAUAAAACAUUAGUAUCUGAGGGAUCUCCUACUAGAUUCGAUACUUAUAAAGGAAUACACUAUAUUUAUAUGAACUCUCAUAUGAAUUCAUAUAAAACAGCAGGACUAUUAAAAGCCAGUGAAAUUAUAGAAUGGCUAGAUAAAUUAGACAAUAAACUAGACACAACUUAUUCUGAAGAAUUCAAAGAAUACGCCGAAACUUAUUCAGAAGACAAAGCAGUAGAAUUCUUUCACAACUCACAAUCAUUACAUUGCACAGCCCUAUCAAACUCCCACUCUUACACUCAAUUCUACAACAGCACUGCCCGAGCAUUAAACUUAAUGUCAGAGAGUGAAUAUAAAGAAUUUGCAAAAACAGUUAAAGAAAACUACGCAAAAGCCCACCCAAAAACUCCAAACAAAGAACUAACAAAAUUAGCAAUAGAAGCAACACAAAACAACAUCCACCAAAAUUGGAUAAGCUAUUUAAAAACUAUAGGAAUCACUCAAGAAACAACACAAAACAACACACCAAAUGAACUCAGAGAAACAUUAACUCCAUUACAAGCAAACCACACAACAAACCCAAACAUUAACAACCACAACAGGCAAACAAACCCAACAAUAGGAAGCAUACUACAACACAACAUAACAAACAAAACAACACACCAAUACAACUACACUACAUGGACAAACAACAUUAUCAACCAAAACAAUAACAAAUAUUAA